AAGUGGUGCAUAAAAAUUGUAUAUUCAUCAAAAUAGCGAAUUUUAAACAUAUAAAAGCGAUUUUUUUUUGUAAUUGCUUGGACUAUUAUAUCGUUCGGUUAUUUGAUAUCUUAAAACUUUGGUUGGUCUAAAAAAUUAACCAAAAUAUAGACUUCAACAAUGGAUAUGUCGAAAUCUAAUACGAGGUACUCAAGAGCCGACCUGUUAGCCCUGCGAUAUGAAGGCAAAAGUAGACAGCGUCCUCAAUGUACAAAUCGAACUGAACUACAGACACUGGGUUUUUGGAAAGUCAAUUUAAACGCAGUUUCAUUAGGUGUGGCCAGCAACUAUUCAACUCAAAAUAAAAACCGCUUGUCCCCAGAGACAGAUAACUCGAGUCUGAACUGUUCCAAUAUCGGCUCAAUAAGCUCGCGACGCGCAUUGAGAAACCGGGAGCGAGCGAAUAACUAUUACCAGCGUUUUGUACCUACCGAUUCCCUCCAGAUAGGUGGAGAAGAAAAGGAUAAGGACGCACAGACCACCCAUGGCGCCGGAGGACAGUCGUUUAAGUCACCCGUCAUCGACCAUCGCAGCAUUUCGUCGUCGCAUCUAAUGCCGGCCUUUGCGAAGAGGCGUUUUGCGGCAACGAGCGUUUGCAGUAGCGCCGAAAACAACGAGGCGACAGUCAACUCAGGUGAUGAUGCUGCAAGUGCAUCCCAGAGAAGAGAAGGCAAGGGCAAGGCACCCGACUCCCCUAGUCGAAGAGGAACCGAGCUAGACAGUUCUGAAACUCGUUUGAGUAAUGUGCAUGCGGAUCAUGACCAGUGCUUGUCAUCUUCGCCAACAUUCGCUUCGCGCCAGGAGAGGCGGAUUGGUAGUGGUCGUCUGCUGCCCAGAAGUGAUAAUUGGGAAUAUAAGGGCCAGAAGACAAAGGAUACGAGUAUUGAGGCUGAGAAGGAUACGUCUCUAAAUGGAAGUGGUGUUAGUCAACAUAAUCAAAACCAGAAUCGCCAUCGCACAUUUAGCGGAAGAUUGGUUGAUCGAGUUCCCGAGCACAGUGAUCGCCGUUUUCAGUAUGACCCCAAAAGGUCGGUUGAUCGACAGGUCGUAAGUAGUCGACGCAUAUCUAAUAAGGAGUCGUGCAGCAAUCAAAACCGUGGCAAGCGCACAAACUCUUAUCACAUACACGAAGAACCAGAAUGGUUUAGUGCCGGACCAACAUCACAGCUUGAAACAAUUGAUCUGCACGGCUUUGAGGAGCUGGAUAACAAUGAGGAGCGUUUCGAUAUGCAAGAUCACAGUAAUCAACAUCCACAAAAUGAUAUUAGUUUGACCGCUCAACCAACCACUGAUGAAGCCUCGAGAAGAAGUAGCAAUGUCAGUUUAAAUUUAAUCGAUGCAAAACAAAGUGAAGAUGUUAAAGAUACUGGGGAAAAUAUUCUGACUUCCGUUCAAAACUCAUCGGAACUCAGCAAUGAAAAUAAAAACCAACCAAGACAGAUACAGUGCAGCCAAAGUUCUGAAAGUGAAUUCAAUUUUGAUGCCUUUCUUAACAUGCAUCCUUUGGAUCAUUCUCUUAUGAGUAAUGAUGGCGUUGAAAAAAGUGACGCAAAAGGGACAUCACGUUUUAGCCGAUGGUUUCGUAAUAAAGAACCUGCCAACAAUAACGAGCUUUCGGGUUUGCGAGAACCGCAUGCCCAAGAAAAACAUGGUAUUCCGAGUGUUAAAGAUUUGGAAGCACAAAUGACUAAAGUGGACAUGCGGUCUGAUUUUGUUAAUCCAAUAUCGGGACCGUUCUCUCAGAUAGUGCAAGUGGAAAAACCUAUUGCCAGAGACACUGAGGCGUUCAAAAAACUAUUGCAACAGCUGGGCUCUCAAACCAGGAUGCCGCAUCCUGGCAAUGACGUUUACCAUAUAAUAAACCAUUUAAAUGUAGCAAACCACGACCAGCUUGAGUCUAAUCCCCAACAACCAGCGUUAAAUGUCCACGUGCCAAUUAUACCGAACAAUAAUCAUUUGUUUACGCAAAAGCGAAUGGAAGUUCAACAUCUAAUGCAAAGCUUGGUUUGUGGCGACGUUUCCGUGGAUUUUCUGGAAAAGGAGUUGGGUAACCCUAGCACACCAGCUCCUACAAAGGAAGUUAUUGUAACAGUACUUCGCGAAUAUUCCCACACUAAAAGAAAUCCUGUGGCCACAGGCGAUCCCCACAUGUUCACUCAUUCAUCGUUUCUUCAAGCUCAACCAGUCCACCAGCAUUACUCUGAAGAAUUGCAAAACUCUACAAGCCAUCCGAUUAAUCAGCUUAUUGGCCACGGAAAUUCGCCCACUCCUUUGGCCUUCACUCCUACAUCAGUUCUAAGGAAAAUGACGGCCGAUAAAGACACAAGUCAAACACCUAGCUCAUCUCAUAGCCAGCACCCACAAUAUCAAAUGCACCCACAGCAUGCCAAGCAACUUAGUACGCAUUCAAGCGUACACGAGCCGCAGCCGUCGGCAACUAUGGCCGUACAGCCUCGAAUGAUUUUAGGUGGUGGAAACUUUUCCAUUGGCCCAAACGCCCAACAAAUGUCUCCCAACUUGCCACAGUGUCGUAAUCAACAAAUGUUGAAAUGGACGCCUGGUAAUAUGCAGAUGGUUCAAGGAAAAGCAUUUGGUCGCCCAAUACUGAAAGGAGGUCUUAAUUCUAUGCCGUCACAAAACCCCACAGUUCCUUUUUCCAAUCACAAAAUCGAAAUGCAGUCGGUUCACCAGCAUCAGCUACAGCAACAACAACCACUUAGAUAUAUGUCUACCCAAUCUGUGGAAACAAUUUUAAAUACUGAAAAUGUGCAGCAAUGGCACCAUCUUUGCCUGCAACAGCAGCCGCAACAGCAGCCGCAACAGCAGCCGCAACAGCAGUCGCAACAGCAGCCGCAACAGCAGCAGCAGCAGCAGCAUCAGACACGACCACAACCUAGACAUAGGGUAAUUUAUGGGGACAUGCAUCGUCAAUCGAAUCUUCAAAUGUCACCACCAGUACCAGCUUUUUGUGAGAGUUCCGAUUCUGGAAACGUGGUCAAAAAUAAUAGCGUUCCAUCUCCCAUCUACCAUAGGGAUGAUCGAAUGCCAUCACCAACCAAUAAUCAAUUGGCCCAAUGGUUUUCCCCGGAGCUCCUUGCAAAAGCUUCAGCUGGAAAACUGCCUCUUAUAAAUAUGAGCGAAACGAUUAGUUUAGCAGAAUUUGAACGUAGAAUUCAACAUUCCUCAGCCGUUGUGCACAAUUAAUUCUUUAAGAAAAUUUAAGUUCAAAGCAGUAUAACUAUAAAUUAAAUUAAAUCAAAUACAUCAAUGUUUUAAAUUCAUUUUCUGUUUAUGCUUAGAAAUAUUUUGGUGUAUAUUGGCACGAAGACUAUUUAAAAUGGCUUGGAAAAUGUAAUUUGGAGCAUGUAAAAGUAGUUUUCUAUAAAUUAAUAUAAAUUAACUUAAACUAUUUAAAGUAUUUGCAGAUCGAAGUUGAUUAUAUUGUAAAAAAAUAUUUUACUGUAAAUAAUACACAACCAAUUAAAUAAGCUUAAACAAA